ACCGCGACUCCUCGGGGAGCUGAUCCGCGCUGAGCCGGCUGGCCAUGGCGUGUCCCCUGGAGCAGGCGCUGGCCGUGAUGGUCACCACCUUCCACAAGUACUCGGGCAAGGAGGGCGACAAGUACAAGCUGAGCAAGGCGGAGCUGAAGGAGCUGCUGAACAAGGAGCUGCCCGUCUUCGGGAGCAAACAAAUGGACGAGGCCGAGUUCAAGCGGCUGGUGAACGACCUGGACCACAACAAGGACAACGAGGUGGAUUUCAAGGAGUACGUUUGUUUCCUGGCCUGCAUCACCAUGGGCUUCAACGAGUUCUUCAAGGACGACCCCAGCAAGCAGCACCGCAGGAAGUGAGGCUGCAGGCCGGAGCUCUCAAUAAAAGCUUUUCCCCGAUCCCGCCUGAGUUCUGGGGUCUCUUCUCAGUCUGAGUUCUGGGGGUUCUGUUCAGGUUCUGCCCAAUCCCAGUCUGAGUUUGGGGGGUUCUGUUCAAUUUUUGCCCAAUUCCGGUUGAGUUCCAGGGUUCUGUUCAGGUUCUCCCCAAUCUCAGCUGGGUUCUGGGGUUCUGUUCAGGUUCUCCCCAGUCCCAGCUGGGUUCUGGGGUUCUGUUCAGGUUCUCCCCGCUCCCAGCUGGGUUCUGGGGUUCUGUUCAGGUUCUCCCCACUCCCAGCUGGGUUCUGGGGUUCUGUUCAGGUUCUCCCCACUCCCAGCUGGGUUCUGGGGUUCUGUUCAGGUUCUCCCCAAUCUCAGCUGGGUUCUGGGGUUCUGUUCAGGUUCUCCCCGCUCCCAGCUGGGUUCUGGGGUUCUGUUCAGGUUCUCCCCGCUCCCAGCUGGGUUCUGGGGUUCUGUUCAGGUUCUCCCCACUCCCAGCUGGGUUCUGGGGUUCUGUUCAGGUUCUCCCCACUCCCAGCUGGGUUCUGGGGUUCUGUUCAGGUUCUCCCCACUCCCAGCUGGGUU